AUGUCACCACUGGAUGGAAAGCAUCGCUCGAUGUUUGCAGUGGAGAUGGCAAUCCUGUUCUUUGGGAUAUUCCUCAAGAACAGCAUAUGUGAGAGCUCAGGAAAAGAAGCGAUUUGGAUCACAGAUGGCUGUAGGACCUAUGAGACCAAUGGCAGCAUCACGUGCCAGUGCUCUCAUCUAACAUUUUUUGCAAUACUGUUGUCACCCUCACCUGGAAACAUCAGCUCUUCAGACUUGAAUUCUCUGACCUACAUCACAUCCAUCGGCUGUGGCCUGUCUAUGUUUUUCUUAGCAGUGGCUCUCUUUAUGCAUUGUCUUAUCAGAAAAGGGAAAGCAAGCCAAGCAACUAAGAUCCUGAUCAACCUCUUUGUUGCCAUGUUCACCCUGAACUUGUCCUUCCUGACCAAUGAGAGCAUUGCCAACCUAGGGAACUUUGGCGCAUGUGUGACCAUUGCAGCAGUUAUGCACUACACUUUGUUGGCCACUUUUACCUGGUUUUUCAUGGAGGCUCUACACUUAUUCUUUAAUCUGUGGAAGCACCCAUCUGAAAUCAAACAUUACAUGAUGAAGAUUUGCGUUGCAGGAUGGGUCACACCAGCUGUAGUGGUGAUUGCUCUUCUUGCCUCAGGAAAAUAUGAUUACCUGGUCAUAAAUACCAGUGAUGGGAACGCAGCAAAAAUGUGCUGGAUCUCUGAUGCUGUUGUCCAUCAGAUUGUUCUUUUCAAACCCACAACAGGGAAAGGCCAGGACAUCAGCUCCAUCAAGAGAAACUCUUACUCCAUUAUAGGCCUGUUCUUCCUGCUUGGCAUCACCUGGGCCUUUGCUUUCUUCAGCUACGGGCCUUUGCGUGUAGCAUCCUACUAUAUCUUCACCAUCCUCAACUCCUUUCAAGGUUUCUUCCUGUUCAUCUACUAUUACCAUUCCAGCAAGACUGUUGGAGAGGACAGACUCUGCACAGCCCUUCACACCUCAGUGUGGCCUCCACACCCCAAACCUGAAAGGAGAUUAGCUGACCAUCGCCUCUGCUCCUCCCUCAACCUCAUUUCACCUCACACUUCACCUUGCUCCACAUCUCCCCCUUCUGACUGGCCUGCCUCUGUGUAG